AUGAUGCAGCAAACUUAUCCCAAUCAAGGACCACCAACAACAUCUAAUCAAAUGCGUGCCGCACCUCUUACAUCUAAUCAAUUCGGCCCACCUCCAACAUUUCCGACGCCUCAAAUUUCACAACAACAAGCUCCAUUUGCUAAUCAACCACCAUCAGGCAUGGGCGGCGUAGCACAAUAUCCUGGUACUCGUCCUCCUUACACUGGUCCUCCACCUACAUUUCCUCCAAGCAGUCAACCAUCACUACCACCAAGUAGCUAUCCUCAACCAACAUUACCACCUCAUCAUCCUAGUCAAUCGAAUUUAUCUGGUCCACCAUCAAUGCCAGGUAGUCAAUCAAAUGAACCAAAUUCAUAUUCAGGCGGUCAACCUCCUCACAAUGCUCCUCCACCUGCAUUUUCUCUGGGCAGUCAACCACAAAACAGUUAUCCUCAACAACCAUCAUCAUCUCAUUAUCCUAAUCAACCAAAUAUAUCUGCUUCACCAACAAUGCCAGGUACUCAAUCAAAAGGACCAAGUACAUAUCCUGGUGCUCAACCGUCUUACAAUGCUCCUCCAACUUCAUUUCCUCCGAGCAGUCAACCGCCACCAUCAUCAGCUGGUUAUCCUCAACAACUACCGCCACCUCAUCAUCCUAAUCAAUCGAAUUUAUCAGGUCCACCAAUAAUGCCAAGUAACCAAUCGAAUGGGCCAAAUGUUCAUCCUGGUGGUCAACCUCUUCAUAAUGCUCCACCAACUUCAUUUCAUCCAGGUAGUCAACCACCUCUACCAUCAUCUAAUUAUCCUCAACAACAAAUGCCACCUCAUUAUCCUAAUCAACAAAAUUUAUCUGCUCCACCGACAAUGCCAGGUAGUCAAUUAAAUGGACCAAGUACAUAUCCUGGUGGUCAACCAUCUUACAAUGCUCCUCCAACUUCAUUUCCUCCAGGCAGUCAACCACCACUAUCAUCAACUAAUUAUCCUCAACAACAAUUGCCACCACAUUAUCCUAAUCAACCACAUCUAUCUGGUCCACCAACUAUGCCAGGUAGUCAAUUGAAUGGACCAAAUACAUAUCCUGGUCAACCACCAUCAACUGGACCCAUACAACAGCCAUAUCAAUCUCAACGUAUUGAUCCUGAUAUGGUACCUAAUGUAGUUCAAGUUCUCGAACAAAGUCAAGAAAAAAAUCAAGAACCAUUUAUAACUAAUGCACCUGGUUUAUUACCACCAUUAGCAGCAACAGAUUUUAUUUGUCAAGAUCAAGGUAGUUGUAAUCCACGUUUUAUUCGUUCAACAACAUAUGCUAUACCAAAUGCAACUGAUAUGACUAAACAAUCUCAUAUACCAGUUGCACUUGCUAUUAGUCCAUUAGCUAAUCUACGAUCGGAUGAACUUGAACCACCAGUUACUAAUUUUGGUGAAAUAGGUCCAAUACGAUGUCAUCGUUGUAAAGCUUAUAUGUGUUCAUUUAUGCAAUUUAUUGAUGGUGGUAAACGUUUUAUUUGUUGUUUUUGUGAAGCUGCAACUGAUGUACCUACUGAAUAUUUUACUCAUCUUGAUCAUAGUGGUCGUCGUAUGGAUUGGUAUCAACGACCAGAACUUUGUCUUGGUUCAUAUGAAAUAUUAGCAACAAAACAAUAUUGUAAAGAUGAAAAAUGGCCUGAACCACCAGCAUUUAUAUUUAUGAUUGAUGUAUCGUAUAGUAGUGUUCGUAGUGGUCUUGUUGAAUAUAUAUGUCAUAUAUUAAAAACUGAACUUUUGAAUUAUUUACCAAAAGAUAAAACUGCUGAAACGUCGAAUAUUCGUGUUGGUUUUGCAACAUUUGAUAAACAAAUACAUUUCUAUAAUAUUAAAAAUACACUUGGACAACCACAAAUGAUGAUUGUUUCGGAUCUUGAAGAUAUAUUUGUACCAUUACUUGAUGGUUUUCUUAGUACACCAGAAGAAUCACGUGGAGUUAUAAAUAGUUUACUUGAUCAAAUUCCACAAAAUUUUGCUAAUUCACAAGAAACAGAAACAAUUUUAGCACCGGUUAUUCAAUCCGGUAUUCAAGCAUUAAAAGAAGCAAAUUGUGCAGGUAAAAUUUAUAUUUUUUCAACAACAUUACCAAUAUCUGUUGCACCGGGAAAAUUAACAAAUCGAGAUGAUAAAAAAUUACUUGGAACUGAUAAAGAAAAAACACUUCUUGCACCAGUUAAUAAUAUUUAUACAAAACUUGGUGAAGAAUGUGCACAACAUGGUUGUGCUGUUGAUUUAUUUGUUUUUCCAAAUAAUUAUCUUGAUUUAGCAACAAUUGGUGAAGUUUGUCGUGUAUCUGGGGGACAAAUUUAUAAAUUUAAUUAUUUUUCAAUUGAAAAUGAUGGUGAAAGAUUAUUAGAUGAAUUAAAAAGAAAUUUUCAACGUACAACAGUUUUUGAUGCAUUAAUGCGUGUACGAACAAGUGCAGGUAUGUUCUUUAAUUCUAAUACAGAAAUUAAUCAUGCUAAAAAAAAAUAUUGCAUACGACCAAUUGAUUUUCUUGGUAAUUUCUAUAUGACAAAUGCUACUGAAAUGAUAUUUGGUAGUAUUGAUUCGGAUAAAUCUGUAUGUGUUGAAUUAAAACAUGAUGAUAAAUUACCUGUUGAAAGCAAUACUUAUAUUCAAGCUGCUUUACUUUAUACAAGUAUAUCAGGUCAACGUCGUUUACGUAUAUUAACAUUAGCUUUAACAGUUACAUCUGCAUAUACAACACUUUAUCCAGCUUGUGAUCUUGAUACAAUUAUGAAUUAUAUAACAAAAGUUGCUAUACGAUCAAUAACAGUAUCAACUCCGAAGAGUAUACGUGAUAGUAUAAUAACACAAGCAGCAAAUAUGUUAGCAUGUUAUAGAAAAAAUUGUGCACAAUCAACAACAGCUGGACAAUUAAUCUUACCUGAAACAUUAAAAUUAUUACCAGUUUAUGUUACUUCAUUAAUUAAAUGUGAUGCUUUAACUGGAACUCAAACAGUCACAACUGAUGAUCGAAAUUUAUUAAUGCAUCGAUUAAUGUCUAUGGGUAUUAAAGGAACAUUUGCAUAUCUAUAUCCAAGAGUUUAUGCAUUGCAUAAUUUGGAAGAAGAUCAUUUACCACCACCAAUGAUUCGUUGUUCAUAUGAUCGAUUUUCGGAAACAGGAGCUUAUGUUCUUGAAAAUGGUAUUGUAAUGUAUAUUUGGCUUGGUAGUCAAAUUAAUCCAACAUUUGUACAAUCAUUAUUUGGUAUUCAAACAUCACAUAUUCAACCAGAAAAAUGUCGUAUUGUUGAUCUUGAUAAUCCAAUAUCAAAAACAGUUCGAACAUUAUUAAAUUUAAUUCGUAAUGAACGAGAUACCUUUAUGAAACUUUUUAUCAUUCAACAACGUGAUUCAAUUGAACCAUUUUUUAAAAAUUAUCUUAUCGAAGAUAAAGGUUUCACAGGUGGUGCAUCAUAUGUUGAUUUUCUUUAUCAUUUACAUCGUGAAAUUCGAAAUAUUCUUCAAUAG